CGUACCUCGAGACUCGAAUUUUCGAUUCGGAGCAUCUAGUGAGAGUUAACAUACGCAGCAGGGAUAAUUACGGAGGUGGAAUUUUAGUUUCGACUGAAAGAUCGUGUGCUUGUUUACGCGAGAUUUUUUAUGAACGCGUGGUUCGUUCGUCAGCGCUCGUCGUUUCACCGAUCGUUCGGUCGCGCCUGCCUUUCUUGCCUGCUGCCGCGAAUGUGGAUACUUCACGGUGCGCUGUGCUGCUGCUGCCGCCGCCGCUGUGCGUUUAAUGUGCUCAACACGGCUGAUCAUCCUCGGAUUUUGACGAGAUCUGCACAUUCGUAAACGGUUUGGAAUUGGUUCGUUAUUGUGCCAGGCCCCGCAGUGAUUGUCACUUGAUAGCAACACCCGAGGCGCCAAAGCUGUCCGCAUCGGCGCUUUCUUCAGCCCAAGUGGUAUCAAUGUUGUCUGGCAAUGGUGUGUAAGGAGAACGUGGUAUCAUGGUUUGGGAAUCUGUCCAGUUAUAAACGUAUCGAUGUCAUGUGCACGUUAUUAAAUAUGUGCCUGCCAUUUGAAAUUCGAUACCUUGGCACUUGUGUUGAGGAUAUUGGUAAGCGGGAUUACAAUGACCUUCGUGAUACGGAACAUCAUGCAAAUAGUGCCUCUGAUCUUGCUGAGCUGACAACCUUAGGGGUGGCAGAUAAACGCACACGAAAGAAACUUGCUCUCUAUAUGGCAUUAUUAGAUUCUUGUAAUUAUGCAUGUGCUGUAAUCUUGUACAAGAAUCUGUCAAAUUUUGACUAUCAAGAGAUCUCAAACCUAUUAAAUGGGACCACCUUCACUCCGGAUGACCAACUUUUAGAAGAGCUACUCUUAUUGUACACAAUGGCUUUAAAUCACCCGGCGUUUACAUAUGAGCAGAAAAGUGUCUUUGGUAACAUUUAUAUAAAACUUCAAGAAGAGGAAGCUCGUUUGAAUCUCUCAAAGUCAAAUUCAUCCUACAAACAGGCACAAGGUUGCACGCCAUGUAUGAAUACAAAUGAAAGGUUAAUGGAUAACGAAAUGCAGGGUAGUUGUUUGAUGGCACCUCCUACGAUGCAGUCUUACCAUGGAGAAAUGGCUAUGAGAAAUAAUACCAUGAUAACUGGAGUUCCCCCUGGUCUUUCCAUGCCUCCACCUGGAUUAUGUUUAUCAGCACCCGAGCAAAUGCCAAUAGGAUCAGGCGGCGGAACGCCCUACCUUCAUCUUGGAUUCUCAUCAGUAAAUCACAUGCCACCAUGGACAGGUCAGGUUAUGAUGGGGAAUCAACUGAUGUAUCACACUAGCGAUAUGUUGGCUUAUCCACCUUCCCCCUUAGUCAGCCGUCAAUCGUCGCCAUCCCAGUCUCGAUCUCCUAGCCGCAGCAAUUCCCCAAUGGGUCGCCGGAAUAACACAAUGCCGCGUACUUCGUCACAAGUGACUCAAUCUACUUCAAACACCUUAACAACGUCAACGAGUGCCUCUAACAGUCAGACAAGCAUCGCCAGUUCAAAUGCCAAUUCUCUUCCACCACUUCCUGCACUUGGUACGAGCAGGAGUCAUCCUGGUCAACCUCCAUUGCUUCCAUCACGCUCUGUUCCUUUACCUAUCAGCAGUUCCACAACUUUCUCGCGGCAUAAUAGCAUAGAGAAUACUCCUUCUACCUUAAUUCCGGCAGCACCACAAUCUAAACAACCACCACCACCACCACGAUUGCGGUCUUCAACUUCUGGUGACUCUUUACGAGAAACACUAGGGAAGGAGAUGCCAAAUUUCAAAGGCAAUUUGCAGAAUUUCUCACUCGACGAGAUUCGAAGGAUGAGCGAUGAAGAUUUAAGGGAAAUAGGAUUAACACCAAAUGCAGUGGGGCAACUACGAAGUAUAGUUAAGAGUCAAACAACUAAUGGUUUAAAUCAAAUUAGUAAUGACAAAAAAUUGGACAAUACUACUAGCACGACUCAUGCAGUUGUUGAUUCGCUUGAAAACGAGGCUAUACCGGGGAUGGAGAUGUUAAAUGAUAAUGGAAAUCAAAGCAGUAAGUCAAUGCCAUUACAGGAACAGCAUCCAGCGAUGCAUCAUCAUCAUAAUCAUGCAGCUACUCCUAAUUUACGGCGAUAUCCUAAUAUGCCACCAUUAGAUCCUGCACAAAUACAAAUGUAUCCUGCACCGCCACCGAUGUAUGCUGCACAGAACGCACCGUGUUAUGCCUGUCUUACGUUACCAGUUGCUGGGGUACAAAAUCGAUAUCCAAGGUGCAAUGCUCAACAUGUAUAUUGUUUGACGCAAUUUCAAGCCUUGAGGUUAGACCCUGAGAGCAGUAGGCAUUGUUCACAAAGCAGUAGUUCCGACAGUACUGGUAGCAGAUCUCCGCCAGAAACACCUCCAGCUGCACCGUGGGUGAGCGGAAACGAGAGCAACGCACCGCCAGUUACUGAUCAUCUUAACUCUGCAUCGGUACAUUCUACGAGCGCAGUGUCGCAUCCAGCACCUCAACAGCCUAUACAGUCGGUCCCGGAAAGGCAACGUACCAGAAGAAAUCAGGCGCACGUAAUGCGUCAUAAAAAUCAAAUGGUGAACGGCGGCGGAGCACCGAAUUUAUCGCAGUGUGUUUCUUUUCCUGCACCACCAACGCAGUCGCAGGUCACGUAUCUGCCGCACGGUCAUUUUUCAACUCUGAGACCGAGCAGUGGUAUUUAUUCUAACUUCUCACAUGGACCGUAUGCAAGGCCAGCUUAUCCGACCACGUAUCAACCGAACGGUGAAAUGAUGUACCAGUAUCCUGGGCAUCCAUCUUCAGGGGGAACACCCCCACCGCCGCCAAAUGCUGCCGCAACACCCGUACAAGCACCAUACAUGCCACCAACUCCGGUUGUUACGUACGCACCAGCUGCCGUCCCACCAACGAAAAUUUCGUGUUAUAACUGUGGCAGUAGCAAUCACCUAGCAGUCGAUUGUAAAGAUCAAACAAUGGAGGACCUUACCAAAAAAGCUCAGUAUCGCCUAGACUACAGCAUAAUGAAACAACCUGGAGAGUGCCCAAGUUCUGACAAGUGAUCCCCUGCCACGGACCACCCAGCAAUUUACCAUUAUCAUCACUACCAUAAUUACUGUUAUCAUCACUGUCAUUAUCAUUCCCAUUGCCACUAUUACCAUGACCCCACUACAGCAAUACAACCUAAGGACCGUUCAAAAGAUGACUGCUAUCGCUCCUUGUGCAAGUUUUCGGUGAUUUUUUUAGACAUCCCUUAUAUUCAGGACGACGAUUUUUUAACAGAGGAUGUUUCGCGAUUCACGGUACCAGGUAUACUUUUUACAAGAUCUUAUUUAUGAUAGUAAUUAUUCUUAAUUAUGAUUGUAAAAAGAUGUAGCGUCGUGUACAAAGGGAAAAGAACUAAAAGAAGCAUAACGCAGAAUCCACUGUUCUCAUCUAUCUGAUGUUAGAAUACGUUUUGAACGAUUUGUGUUAGGCAUUGACUCGCGUCUUUCCAACGAUACCUAAUGGGCUACUUACCCCCUACGCCAUUUCUCUCUAUUUCUCUAAUAACUAGCCAUAAAUGAAAUGCAAAGAAAAUGAAAACAACGCAUUGUGCUCUGAUUAGGUAAAAACUACCACGUUUGACUAUAUUUAUCAUUGAUACCUUUACUUCUACUAGUAUGUCUACUACCACUAUUACUACUAUUACUAUUAAACUAUUACUAUUACUUCUAUUAUCGCUACUGCGCCACGACGUUUUUAUGUAUAUAUAUUUUCUCAAUUCUUACGUGCGCGAUGUUUGAGCGAAUGUAAACAACAAAAAAAAGAAAAAAAAAUAUGGUGAGGACGAUUUAAAUGAAAAAUAUAGCGUGGAAGAAUGAAGAGUGAAUGCACACACGAAAGUUAGAGUGAGAGAGAGAAAGAAAGGAAGGAAGGAAGGAAGAAAGAAUGAGAGAACAACAAACCAUAAGUGUUCGAUCAUCUAGCUGCCGUUGCGCUCCUGUGUGUAUAAAACUACGAAUAUACGCCGCUCACCACUCAUUUAUUAAUUUAUGGAUAGUUAGCUAAGUAACAAUAACUCUCAUCCUAUUUAUAUAAAUAGUCACGCAAUCACGUGCAACUUAAGCAAUUUUAUACGACUUUUAUUGAUCGCCCGUCUUUUUUAAGUGUAAGCAGUACGUUAUAUGCGUUUAGAAUCUUCUUAGUGGGUUAAUGAAAAAAAAAAAAAAUACGAGAAUAAUAAUUCUUCGAAUAUGUGCUAGCGUUUAGGUGUGAGUGAAGUGGCAAUCUACGUUACGCGCUCGCCUUGUCAACAAGUCGUUAACUACAUUUAAAUCAGUUUUUGAUUAAAACCACCAUUAGCGAGUGUUAAUAUUAUUCUAUUAGAGUGCAUAAUUUGGCAAAUUUUUGACUAGCCCCUGUAACUACGAUGGUUUGUACUUUUUACUUGUAAGGCUCUCAUACUAUGCACCUGAUCUAUGUGAAGUAGGUCUUAGAUACCUAAUAGUAAGGAAUGAAAAGCUAUAAAAGUGGACGAGAGUGAAUAUGUGUGACUUUGAAUACGUAUGCAUUUAAAAACUUCCCUUCGAUAAUUUCUUGAUAUAAAGAGUUUCUCAGGUGUUUCUUUUGGGUUGGUAUUGAGUUUUGGCAGCUAGUCAGUAGCCACAAGAGAAAUUUUUUGGAGUAAAUUAAUGCGUUAGUGUCAGUGUCUUGCAAGGAUGAAAGUUUGACUUUUAAGAUUUAAAAUCAGACUCGCUGAUUUUCUUAUACCUACGAUAUAAAUUCGCUACAAUGAUAUUAUUUUUCAUAGAUUAUUUUUUAUACGCGAGAGACGUUUCUUAAAUGUUUUCUAAACAACGUUUUAUCUUUCAAACUCCAAAGAAAGCCAAAAAAGUAAUUAUUUAUCAAUUAAUCACCAAAUCAUGUAUAAAAAGUCGUAGAUCAGUUUUAAAUUGUUACAAUUUAAGGCUCUAUUGGUAUAUGUUAGUCAAACUUUUGUCAACGUUUUGUAAGAAAUGUAGUAUCGUAAUUGCAUUAGCCUGGUUCAGUAUCUAGGUAACAUUUAGUGAAAGUGCCAUUUUUAUGUCAAUAAUUAGUGUCUUUGUACCGGUCUACGAAAAAAGAAAAGAAGCAAAGGUUGACAUUUAUCUUGCUGUUACCGUUAGUGAAUAAUAAUCUUUUUAUUUUUUCUUUUCAAACUACCUGAGAAAAGUUUCGAUGUGGCUGUGACCGAUGAGAAGUUCGUGAAAUUUAUAUUAAAGUUCUGCAAACGAGAACACCUAUUUAACUUCAUGAUAAAAAUAAAUUUGUUGGCAUUCGCGAGCACUCUGUCUUCGAAUUAGUGUUCGUAAUAAGUGGCAGAGUUCGCCUAAAUAAAGUUUACAAAAUAAUAAUAAUAAUAAUAAUAAUAAUAAUGAGGAAGCCUCGUUUGUAACGCGUCAGGAAUGUAGAUGUGUUGCUUGACAAGAGCGUAAAAAUAACAAUGGUUUAAUGAAUUUGUACGUGCUUCAAUUAUGAAACAAAGGAGUCUGACUUUAUGGCAUGUAUGACAUAAUAAAAAUAUUAUAAUUGCUUCGAUCGUAUUAUUCAUGGUAAAAAAAGCUAAAUUCCGAGGCAAAACAUUGAGAUUUUGGUUUGCGGGUAAAUUUGCUUUUCGAUGUUUAAAAAUAUUGUUCGGUUAUUUCUCGAUGUAAUUUUCGAUAAUUUUAUAUAUAUUAUACAAAAGAAAUACACUAUCUUGCCAAGCAGUAACAAAUCAUUGUUGACCAAGUAAUAUCGUGAUAUUUUAAUCACGGUUAAUCGUGUUACCAAAAGCAAUAGUAAUUAUUAAAACGCGCCACUUUAUUGCUGUUUACUAACUUGUUGACACUGACGGUGAAAAGAGGACUAUAUUUCGCUAUAGUAUCAUUGGCAAUAAAAUAAACGCGAUGUUUCUUGUCUUAACUAUUAAGCAAUAUUUUCUAGAGUAACUUCAAUAUAGAAUUUUUCAGCGGAAUAUUAUUGUAUAGUAUUAAUGUUAUUAGCAGCAAUAAGGCAGUUCUAUAUUUUCGUUGCUGAUUAGCAAUUGUACAUAAAUGAAAGUCGUGUAAUAUGGCUUUAGCAAUAAUGUCAUAUCUAAUGACAUAAUACCUUAUAGGAAUGUUAUUUAACGAAUAAUUCUGUUCUAACGAAUUUGAAGUGACGAAUUAUGGUUUUUAUCGCAUCAAUUAACAGUCAUUUCAUUGCAUUUCAUGAAUUCAAUUACUUUCCUAAACCCGAUUCGAUAUUUAGUGGGAAUGUACUUUUCAAAUUUCUGAUCUUGUCGUGUUCUCUUAAUAAUUUUAUUAUCAACAUGUUUUUUUUUUAACUAUCGUUAUACAAAACACAUGAGAAAUCUAUUUUCAUUGAUUGGCAGCAUUGGAAAAGUGCUUUCAGCUGGAAUUGAGACUCCUUUGUUUAGCAAAUACAGUGCGCAUUUAAGCUACCGAAAAUAAAUUGACGACAGAGAAGAAAGAACAGCGAUAAGAAAAUUGUGUUUUAUGCAAUCGAUACGUUGCGUUAUUAUAAAGUUCGAAAAGAAGUUCAAAAUGCUCUUGAUCAAAUCAGUAUUAUACCUAAAAGAAUCAAAAAGUCAAAGAACCAUAUCACUUGAACGGAAGCCGUAGAACAGGAAUGUGAGAGAUUAAUAGUAGUAAAAUAAUUAUAAUGAAAUGAUAAUAUUGAUAUUAAUUAUAGUAAUAAUGGUAACAAUAAUAUUAUAUAUUCGUCAUAAAAUAGAGAUGUAAAAUUUCCAGAAAGAUUGAAGAUCGUGUGAAUAAAAUACAUUCGGAAAAUGUUAGCCAUUGGUAAAAAAAAAAAAAUGAAAAAGAAAAAGAAAAGAAAAGAAAAGAGAUCGGUGUUAUCAUAGACACAUUUUUAACGCGUAACCUUGGUUGUUUUCAUAAUUGUUAUUUCAUAAUGCAAUUAUUAGUUCUAGUAAUAAUUGUUUCUGUUUCUAAUCCCCAUUAGCACUAGUAGCUACUGCUCUUUAAGUGUUCCUAUUCUCGCUUUAAUUAGAACCGAUUGUCCGCGUCACUGUUUACGUCUCUGUACGAAUCUAUCGAGAUAUCAAAUUCAAACAAAAAUAAUGAUGAAAUUUUCAAGAUUUGAUUAUUAAAACAAAUUCAAUUCUUUUCGACAUGUUCGAGUCCGAUACGAAGUGUAAUCGGUGUCGCGAUGAAACUGAACGAUGCUGUUAUAUAAAACUUUCUCGAUAUUUUUACAUCUCUAACUCUAACGAUCGAGAUCGAUUCUCGAGAGAAAGAAAAGAAAAGUAAAAAAAACGAAAUAAUAAAAUCGCGAUGAAAGCACAGGAAUGUAAGAGAGGGAGAAAGAAGGAAAGAGAGAGGGAGAGGGCUAGAGCUACGGUGUAUCUCCUUUUUCCCCAAAACGUUUUUGGACAUACAGGGGUGUAAUUGGGCAGCGAUUAGGAUUGUACAGAAAACGUUAACAGUAAACAACGGAACGAAAUGUCUUAACGAAAUACACGCAUACAGACGCAUACGAUGUGCGAAAUGGAACACGCCAGAUAUACAUACAUGCAUACGCAGCCACUUAUCGAGAUACCGUCGGCAUAGUGACUUAAAAGCGCUUACAAUUACGAUAUACAUUUGCCGCGUUUCGCGAGUUGAGCUCGCUUUACAGUAAUGAACGUUUGCACGAGGCGACCGUCAAUUCGGAAGAGGCUUGCCCGAUAAAUUGCGACUCACGAGGACAAUACCUGCUUUGGGGGUGAGAAGGAAUAUACUAUAUAAAAAUGAUAAAAAAAAGAAAAAAAAAACAAGGUAACAUGGAACGCAAGGCGCGAAUAGACUACGGGGGCGAGUUGCCAUUUCGAACGAAACAGAAAACGGAAGAGAGUAUAUCGUUUCUAGAUGGAAAUUUUCAAUGGCGAAUCAAGUGUGGGAGUGCGUGCGAAAAGACGGUUGAGAUGUACGAGUGUCGCUGAGGUUAUUCACAAGUAAGGAUAGAAAGAAAAAAAAAUCCCAAAAAAAAUUUUUAGAAUGCAUUUUCUGCGAAACGAAAUUCAUUCGAUUUUUUGUAGACGGUCACUUGUGGCGAGAGUAUUCGGGAUCUUUCGUCGCGACGGCGAAAUAGCGUGUUAUAUCGUGACACGGAAAAUGUAACAGGACAAAACAAAUGAAAAAGAAAAAAUGCGAAAACGACAAAA